UAAUUAGUUGAUCAAUUAUUGAUAAUUAAGAGAGGAUAUGAUUGAUAAAAGGUUUUCUCUUAACUCAUCAUCAUCAUCAUCAUCAUCUAAUCUUCUGAUUGAUGAGAUAUUAAUGAUAAAAGAUGGAUUGAGACCAGAAAAUAGUCAAUUGGUUGAUAGUUUUGUUUUUCACUUUAAUUUAUAUUCCAUUGAUUUAGUUUACAAGAUUCCAAGUUGAUUGUGAUGUUAUCUAAUAGUGUUAAUAAACUCCUUUGGAGAUGGUCAAGUGUUUCGAGGUGUUUUAUUCACACUGACAAUUUACCGAUCAUCGAGACUUCGGUCGAUAGGUCAUCCGAUCAUUUUAAGGAAAAUUAUGAUCAAUUGUUGAAUGUUACAGUUAAAUUGCGAUCGGUUUUACAGAAAAUCUCUCAAGGUGGAGGAGAAAAGGCUUCAGCUCGUCAUACAUCCAAGGGCAAACUUUUGGUUCGCCAGCGGAUAAAUGAGCUUCUCGAUGUUGGCUCACCGUUUUUAGAGUUAUCACCUUUAGCUGGUUAUCAGGUUUAUCCUGGUGAAGAUGUUCCCUCGGCUGGUAUUGUAACGGGAAUCGGGCAAAUUAAUGGUGUUGAUUGUAUGAUUGCUGCAAACGAUGCUACGGUUAAGGCUGGUACUUAUUACCCGGAGACAGUAAAGAAACAUUUAAGAGCUCAACAAAUUGCAUUGGAAAAUAGGUUAACCUGUAUUUACCUUGUUGAUUCAGGUGGAGCUAAUUUACCUCAUCAGGCGGAAAUUUUUCCCGAUGUUAAUCAUUUUGGAAGAAUUUUCUACAAUCAGGCAAACAUGUCAGCAAUUGGGAUACCACAAAUUGCUGUUGUCAUGGGAAGUUGUACUGCUGGAGGUGCCUAUGUACCCGCCAUGUCCGAUGAAAAUAUAAUCGUCCAUAAACAAGGAACCAUUUUCCUCGCGGGUCCACCGUUAGUUAAAGCGGCGACCGGUGAAAUUAUCUCAGCUGAAGACUUGGGUGGUGCUAAUUUACAUUGUAAAACCUCUGGUGUUACUGAUUAUCUCGCCAAAGAUGAUCAUCAUGCUCUUCACCUUGCACGUAAAGUUGUUUCCAAUUUAAAUGUCAAACGAAGGGGUUGGUCUGAUGAGUUCGAACCAGUUGAAGGGCCAUUCGAGGAGCCAUUGUAUCCAUUAGAUGAUCUCUAUGGUAUUGUUGGUGAAAAUUUAAAGAGACCUUUCGAAGUUCGUGAGGUUAUAGCUCGUAUUGUUGAUGGAAGUCGAUUCGAUGAAUUUAAAGCUCUUUAUGGUGAUACACUUGUUACGGGAAUCGGUCGGAUUUAUGGUAAAAAGAUUGGAAUCGUCGCCAAUAAUGGAGUCCUUUUUUCGCAAGCAGCACUUAAAGGUGCUCAUUUUAUUCAAUUAUGUAGUAAACGAGGUAUUCCACUUUUGUUUCUUCAAAAUAUCACCGGUUUCAUGGUUGGAAAAGACGCCGAAUCCGGGGGAAUAGCUAAAGAUGGAGCUAAAUUGGUGACCGCCGUUUCAUGUGCCAAAGUACCAAAGUUUACCAUUCUUAUUGGUGGUUCAUAUGGAGCUGGAAAUUAUGGUAUGUGUGGACGUGCCUACAGUCCGAGGUUCUUAUUUACAUGGCCGAACUCACGUAUUUCCGUUAUGGGUGGUGAACAAGCUGCCGGUGUAUUGGCCACACUUGCCGCCGAUCAAAAAAGUCGAGAAGGUAAACAAUUAUCUCCAGAACAGGAAAAGGCGAUUAAAGAUCCAAUUAUUGCAAAAUUUGAGGCUGAAGGUUCACCGUACUAUUCAAGUGCACGAUUAUGGGACGAUGGAGUCAUUGAUCCAGUUGACACUCGACGGGUUUUAGGUCUCUGUCUUCAAGCCUCUUCCAAUGCUCCAAUCGAAAGGACAGAUUUCGGUAUUUUCAGGAUGUAAAAUUUUUGGACAAUUUAAAGUACAAAAAUCAACUUUUUUUCUUCAUCUUCAAACAUAUUCUUUCAUCGCGAUUCUGGUCACAAUUUACAAGUUUCUAAAAUUAAGUUAAUCAAUUUAUUCUUAUCAUCAAAGAUGCGUGUUUGUAAUUGAAAAAUUGUUGCAAUUAAAUUUGUUUAUUUAACGAAAA